ACAAAACAAACAUGGAAAUUAUGCAAUUAUCAUCGCUCUUGUGUCGAUGCUAAUGUAGCAAGGAUACUUCACUAGACACUGGACAUUCACCACUUCAUCCCUUCCCUCCUUAUCCUAGGUGAGUAGGCGGUGUUACACUCACCACGCAUUUCACGAUUCACGUAAAAGUCUUUGCUAUUUUCUAAAGAUCUUUUCUAAAUUUUACGGUGAAACAUAUGAGAUCACUUCAAACAACCAUGACUUUCAUAUGGGAUAAAAUGCUUUAAGUAGAUUGUCUACUUGAUUAGAUCCACAAGUCCCCAAAUUGAUCGCCUUUAAAAGAUAGUAACAAAAUUUAGCUCAAUCUGCUUCAUCAUUUAGAAAUAUGGAGGUUUUUUCUUACAGUUUCAUUCUACUACUUCCUCUUAUUUUGCUUCCUCUAUACUUCUUCAUCAAAUUCAAUCAUCAAAACAAACAUAACAAUCCUCCUAGUCCUCCCAAACUUCCUAUCAUUGGUAACUUACAUCAACUAGGCAAACCUCCUCACCGUAUUCUCCAUAAACUCUCCCAAAAAUACGGCCCCAUCAUGCUUCUACAACUAGGCAGUAUACCCACACUCGUAAUCACAUCGGCCGAGGCAGCCGAACAAGUCUUAAAAACACAUGAUCUUGAUUUUUGUAAUAGACCUCCAUUGGCCGGUCCGAAACGUCUUACAUAUAAUUACUUAGAUAUUAUUUUUUGUCCUUACAGUGAGUAUUGGAUAGAGAUGAGGAAAAUAUGUGCUCUUCAACCUUUUAGUGUGAAAAGAGUGCAAUCUUUUGCAGUAAUCAGAGAGGAAGAAGUUUCAGUUAUAAUGGAUUCCAUCUCUAACGCUACCGGUCCUAUUGAUAUUUAUAAGUUGUUGAUAAGUUUAAUAGACAAGAUUCUCUCGAGGGUUGUUUUUGGGAAGACAUUUCAAAGUAGAGAUCAAUCCAGUGACGGUACACUUCAGGAUAUCCUUCUCGAAACCAUGGCGAUAAUCAGUGGGUUUUCAGCGUCUGACUAUUUUCCUACUGUUGGUUGGAUUUUUGACAGGAUUACUGGAUUCCAUAGGAGAAUUGAGAAAUGCUUUCAUGAAUUCGAUGAUUUCUUUCAGCAAAUCAUGGACGUGCAUCUCAACCCGGAGAGACAGAAAUCCUCGCAUGAAGAUCUCAUAGAUGUUUUGCUGAAAAUCAAACAGGACGGAUCAAGUACUGUUCGUCUCACUAAUGAUUAUAUCAAAGCAAUUCUUUGGGACGUAUGUAUUGGAGGGAUAGACACAUCUGCUGUAACCAUGAGUUGGGCAAUGACGGAACUGAUGAAGAAUCCAGAAGCAAUGAAAAAAGUACAGGAAGAGAUCAGAAGUCAUGAUUUAGGAGUGAAAAGGAUGGUACAAGAAUCUGACCUUGAUCACUUCUUGUACCUAAAAAUGGUGGUUAAAGAGACUCUACGACUACACCCACCAGCUGCAUUGUUGAUUCCAAGAGAAAAUACAAAGCAUCAUGUCAUCCAAGGAUACGAUGUAUACCCGAAUACUAGGAUCCUAAUUCCUAAUAAAUGCAUGGGCUAUCAUGAGGAAUCCAAAGUAUUGGGAUAAGCCGGACGAAUUCAUCCCAGAGAGGUUUGAAAAUCGCUACGUUGAUUACGCUGGAGGACAAAAUUUUGAUUUCAUACCUUUCGGUGGAGGUCGAAGGAGUUGCCCUGGAAUGAAUAUGGCGCUCAUAUCGAUUGAGCUUAUCCUGGCCAAUCUACUCUACUGCUUCAAUUGGGAAUUGCCAAACGGCAUGAAAAAGGAAGACAUAAACAUGGAGGAAUCGUCGGGUCUUAGUGUUCAUAAGAAAUAUCCACUUGAGCUUAUACUCACCAAGUACUUGGUAAAGGUAUAAACGAGCAGUGCGAAGACCAAUUGUAAUUGGGAUUAUAUGUGUGUAAGUUUUAGGAUUAAUCACAGUGAAAAAAAUAAUCAAUCUAGGAUUUUUACUUCUUAAUUCCGGCACUGCCGGAAGUAGUUCUCUUAUCCUAGAAACAGUGUUAGAGUCUCGCUCGUUCCAAAAUUGGGUUAUGUUUGAAGUACUGAAUUGACAUUUCUCAUUUGCUUUCAGUUACCCAAGCAAAUUUGCUGUGUAUCAUCAAAUGGAGUCAUGUUUCUCGG